AUCUCUACUAUUAUCGCUUCCUGGUCCAGUUUGCUGCAGCAACUCUUUAAUGUUGUUCGAUUAUGUAUUGAUUGAUUGGCGUGUGAGGACUGGAAGAAGAAACUGCUUGAAUAAACCAACCCGGGAGACUACUAUUUGUAUAAUGUCGGCUGCCUCGAACACGUUUGAAAAUGUGAAAGCGGUUAUCUUAUCAGCUCAUGAAGGCACCACAUCAAAAGAAAAGGUGAACUUCUACAACUCCUGGGCACAGAACUAUGAUCAGGAUGUGGCUGUUCUGGACUACCGUGCACCAUGUCUGGCAGCAAACAGCAUCUCGUCCCAUUUCAGUGAUGAACGUGAAGCAGCUGUCGUGCUGGAUGUGGCCUGUGGUACAGGGCUGGUGGCCAAACAGAUGAAGAAUCAUGGAUUUAGACAUUUUGUGGGUAUUGAUGGAAGUGAGGUAAUGUUGGAGAUGGCCAGAGAGAGCAGCUUGUACCAGGACUUGAAGCAGGCCCUGCUGGGAGAGGAGCCGCUGCCGGCCCAGUGGGAAAAUGUGUUUGAUGUGGUUGUGAUUGUUGGAGCACUGAGUGCCGGUCAGGUCCCUGUUUAUGUGGUCAGAGACUUGUGUAGGUCCACCAAACCAGGUGGCUACAUUUGCAUGACGACCAGAAGUAACCGUGACAAUCUGGAGUACAAAGCCGCCCUUGAGUCUGAGCUGAGGAAGAUGGAGGAAGAAGGGCUCUGCACUUGUGUUGAGGUCACUCAGGUGAAAGACUGGGAGAAAGCCGUGUCAGAACAUGAGGAUGGCUACAUAUCUGGUGCUGUGUACCUCUAUAGGAAACUACAGGUAUAACACAGUGCAGAACAGCGUGAAGCCAUGGGACAUGACAGGGGCAAUUACUCAAGAAGGUGCACAAUUUCAACUAAUUCUCAAUGAUUUUUUUGGACGUUGUCAGUCUCAUACUGGACCAAAGAUGUGAAACUGCAUUCACAGAUCAUGUAAAUUUGAAAUGUUCACGAUUAAAUGUUUCAGAUUUGUAUGUCACAAUAUCCAUGCAGAGGCAUGUUACAGUACAAUUGGUCUGAAAAAUGUGACUGUCCUCUUCAUAAAGCACUAAACAUUUCUACAGAUGUGUGGAAUCUUGUGGGCAUUCAGUGAAGUCUUCCUUUUUGAACAUGCAUGACAUGAGAACCUUCUAAUAAAUAGCGACUUUUGUCUUUUCACUGUGGGGCUUUAGUGCAUUGAUAUUGCUAUUCAGAAGGGCUGGUCAAUGAGUAUGAAUGCAUUUCAUUUUAUUCAAAUGCAGUGUUUCACAAAGUGUUAGGCCACUUAUGUUCGGCUUGAAGCUUAUUUUGCUUUUGGGAAAUUUUGAUCAAAUGUUGAAAAACAAUAAUCCCUUCAUCCCUGUGGACUUCUAUUUUCUUCACACAGAGCAGAACUUUAACUUAGACAAUUAGAAAUUAAUAAUGGUUUAAGUCAUACUAUUGUCACCUUUUAUAAUAACUUUUUUAUUAUUAUUAUUUUACAAUUUUCUGUUUUUCACCAAGUGUUUUUUUGGUGUUUUGUUCAUUUUUAGCAACUGAACAGAAACCAUCUACUCUGAAAAACCAACAUUAAGGAAGCAUAGGACUGUAUAUUGUUGGUUGAUGUUGUGUUAUAUGUAUUUUUCAGGUCCAUUCAUCUGUCAGAAAACACUAAACCAAGUUUCUGUACACAUGCACAGUCCUUUGUACAUCUCUUUAGAUGACAUUACAUUAGCAUUAACUUACCCUAACCAGGUCUUUACCUCAUAACUUGUUGAGUUACAUGAUGACGGCUCCCAUAAUGUGACCCUGUUUGUCCCCACAAAACACUCAAAGUUUUAACUUCAGAGCAUAAUAAGUGACACAAACGUUUGUUCCGAUCUAUUGCAAGGUAACACCAAGGCCAGAAUGGCUGAUAUCAUGUCUGAAACAUGCUGUUACUAAAAAUGGCUCCUGUGCUGUCACGUACUGCAGCGAGAGACAUGUUCAUAAAUAGAAUAUAUAACAUUUAACUUCAGGGAAAGAUGAUCUGAUCAUUUUCCCUCUAUUUUUAUGACAGUUUAUACACUAAGCAGUCAGUUUUGUAGAAGUGGAAACAGCUGAAAUAUAAUAAAAAUAUACAAUGUGGUUGAUUACAACAGUUCAGAAAGGUAAAACCAGCACAUAAGAAUAAUGUUUGAUAUGAUUGUCUUUGUAUAUAUAAUGUCUUUAUAUAUAAUGACUACAGCUUGGAGGCAGGAUGUAUUCUAAAUGUGUACAAGCGUACCAGUAGAAAAUGUUCAUUUUUGGCCAUCACUAGACGACACUCUGUUUAGGCCUCCAGUGGUCUCAAGGUAACACUGUGCUACACUUGGACAAUAUUACAUUUGCUGCUGUACAGCUACACACCAGGAUCUGGUGAACAGCAGGUCACAGAGAUAGACUGGGAGGAAAUAUGUGAGUCUAAGCAAGCGGCCAAAGUAAAUGAGAAAUUUGCAGCAAACGGAGGAACCGUAGCGAGAGCGUUAAGGAGCUGCAAUUAAUAAAAUCCUGGAAAAAGAUUUAGAAGAAAUGAUUCAUUUAAAGUGUAUAUUUACUGAACAGCGUUUUCUUUUCUUUUUUUUUUAACUGUGAGCAGCUGUACAGGAGUGAAUGGGUUUAUUGUCCUUUGCUUUCUUUUCAUCUUUUGAUUUCCAUCCAAUGAGUUUUUUUUUUUCAUAACUAUAAUAAGUUCAUGGUUAUGAUUUACUUCUCAGGAGGUAUAUAAUCGCCAGUUGUGAGUG